CCGAGGCACUAUCAUAUUUUAAAUGCUCUAUUUAUUACAAAACGUGCUGAGAAAAAUCAACCCCACCACAGAAAAUUUAAAAGGCUUAUUUUACACAGAAAUGGUCUUGACACCAUGCAUGUGGUCCUCAUUAGAGUUAUCAAAAGGGAAAAAAGGUUAGAGAACAUCAAAACAAUUAAUUAGUACAAACACAAUGCCGAAUAAAACUGAGUCCACUGAGCAAUGGCAACAUCCCAAGCAGUUGCUCAAGCUCCAGAAGUUGAAGGUGAAGAAAAGGGCCUUACAACAGCGAAUAUAUUCCGUUGCAAGUUUGAAAGAUGCGAAAGAAACCCAGGCUGUAAAGGCGUCGCCGUUCGAGACAAUUUUCAACGGUAAAAAGCGCCGAAAUCCCUUUGCCAAGGACGAUAGCCAGGCGAAGAAACCCAAGCCGAGUGAGAGCUUAAUCAGUGAGAGUCAGGAUGAGACUUUGUAUAAAAUUCUCAAUCAGUCUUCAGCGACUGUUGACGCGAAACAGCCACUGGCUACAUUCCAGAAUGUUUUGUCCCUGAAUGAAGCGCCAAAGAAGGCCCGGGCUGCUGAGUCCCCGUGCUGCCCGAUAGACUGGACUUUGAGGCAAAAAAUCCGGCUCAUAUCCUCCCAGCCCUUUCCCUGGACGCAAAAUCUCAAGAUCAGCGAAGAGUCAUCGGGGCUGACGAGUUUUGCGCGCUGUUUGGACAUUGAUAAGUGCAACACCUCACUGGACACAUCUCCUAACGCCAAAUUCCAUCAGUGCUGCCUAUUAUGGCAACAACCCGUCCUUCCCUGGCUGUCCCUCUUUCCAAGGAACAGCCUCAAAAGCAACACGAAUGGCGUCAAUUUGGGGGCAAGUUCCGUCGUAAAGACCAGCCUUUAUGAGUCCUGGACGGACAGUUUUAAGUCGCUUUACCAGCUGAUAAGAACGCGCCAGUGCCCGUAUUUUUAUGUGUGUGCCAACAGUUUUACGGCUCUUUUUCGAGCUGCCGGCUUAUGCGGGUAUGCAGACCUGCAUGCUAUGGUCACGCCUACAACAAGGGGCUUUCGUAACUUACUGAAGGAGCAGGACAUUGAAUUUGAAAUGAGUCUGCAGCCUACCAAGGAAGCAGAGAAGCAGGACUUGAAGGAGGCAACUGAUGUUCAGGCUAACGAGCUGCAGCAUCAUGACGAAGAUGACGAGGACUGGCUGGAAAAUCUGGGCAUCAAUGCUGACGAUAUAAAGAACAUCAAUUAUACUCAGGACCGUAUAAAGCACAAAAGCGAAUGCCAGGUGGACAGUUCGCACCAAAGCCUGAUCCUGAUUGAAGGCGUCGAAGUCAAUUCGUUUUUCAACUUUUUGCUCAACUGCAAAAGCACAAUUGCUGUGACUGGAUUGUUUGCUGGAAUUCCGCCCACCUUACUGGCUCCAGUCGCCUUCUACGGAGCCACUCUGAAUGCGCUGAAAGUGCGCGAAAGCAAAAUGCAUUCAGCCGGAAGCGACUAUUAUUCCAUCGAACUAACCGGACCAAUUUUGCCGACAACCGUUCACAAUAUUCUCAAUAUCAACCCGGCAAAUCACAGCAUUACAAUGACGUUCAAUGAUUUGGAAAGUACUCGAGGGUUUAGUAAAGUGGCCAAGAAGAAGCCCCCGGAAGAGGAAAAAGGGACUGCGAUUUUCGGCAAAGAGAACUUGUCUGAUUGUGGCCUUCAUCCGACAGUGUUGACCGGUUUUUGCUCAGCUGAUGCUCAACGAGUCAGCAAUAUCGAAUGCCUGAAAUACUCCGGGGAGACGAAAACGUUCACCUGGAGCUAACACUUCUGGAGUUCAACCAUUCGGAGACGUAUAAAAGCCACUAGUUUCACAAAAUCUAAUUGACUUCGCGCAGAAACAGUGAAAAGGGCAGAUCUUAACUGAGGAUUGGUCCAAAUACGACAAUCUCCAAAUGAAGUAGGUUUUAUUGGUUUAUUACAACCUUUCAUUAUUAA